AUGUCGCCCAAGAUUCUAGUUCUUCUCACAUCGAAUGGUCCAGACGAUGUUGAAGACGGGUGCCCAUACGGAUGGUACUUGCCCGAACUUGCCCACCCAUACAAGAUCUUCAAAGAGGCUGGCGUAGAUAUGACUUUUGUGUCCCCCAGGGAAGGCAAGACAUAUGUAGCCCCUCAAUCAAUCGAGGCCCAUGCUGACGAUGAUAUCUCUACUGCGAAAGUGGCAGACUUCUUAGGAAAGUCCGUCGACUUCGAUGCAAUCUUUGUCCCUGGAGGAGUGGGCCCUAUGCAUGAUUUGGUCGAUCAUCAGCCCUCCCAAGCGCUCAUUUUAGAGUUCAGUCAGAAAAAUAAAGCCAUUUCAGCCGUAUGCCACGGCCAGGCGGCAUUUUUGAACAUCCGCGCGGACAACGGCGAUCCUUUGUUGCUCAACAAGCAUGUGACAGCUUUCCCAGAAAGCGACGAGAUCCUCAUGGGCGCUGUGAAUGUGAUGCCAUUCAUUCUGGAAACCAGGCUGAGGGAUGAGUGCAAAGUCCGAUUUUCUAAAGCUGAUGUCCCGUUUGGUGAGAAGAUCGUGGUGGACGGCAACAUUCUGACAGGGCAGAAUCCAGCAAGCGCUGGGAAGCUGGCGGAAGCUCUAGUGGAUCAUAUUAGCGGGAACAAUACAGCAUAG